AGGGAAAAAAAAAGAAAUAAAAUAGCAAUUUUCUUCAAAAAUAUUAUGAAUGAACUAAACUAUUCCUAAAAACAAAAUAAAUAAAAAAGAAAAAAGGGAAGAAAGAAACAUAACAUAUUACAAAAUUUGCUCAUUCAUAAUUCUUAAUUAAUAUAUAAAAAUAAAAAUUUUAGAAUAGAAUUCGAACGGGAGAAUCGAGAAAAAAUCAAAUUUUUUAAUAAUCCUAUGUAAUAAUGUUAGAAAGAGGAGGAAAGAAAGGUAUUCGUGUUGUAGGUACUACGACGAUUUGUACGAUUAACUUCAAUAGUGUGUGUUAUUCAAGUACGAAAGGGCAAAUCGUAUGGCACAUUCGAGAGUAAAGUAGACAGGAGGAGGCGAUCUUAAAGAGCAGGGGCUGAAUGAAACGAAGCAUGUAGAAGAGGAAGGGGAAGAGGAGAUGGUGAUAGUAGUGAUGGUGAUGGUGGUGGUGAUAAUGGUGGUGGUGGUGAUAUUAGUGGUAGUAGUGGUGGUGAUGGAGGAGGAGGAGGAAGAGGAGGAGGAGCAGAAGGAGGAGGAGAAGGAGAAGAGAAGGAGAGAGGGUGUACACGCGCGAGAGUAAGAAGCGAGAGACACGACGAUGUUAUACCUGGGACGCCUGGUGUUGGCGAACACCUGCUCCACAUUGGUAUCCCCCUGAUGCCUUUGUCCAGCCAACGGAUAUAAUACACGCGUACCUCGUCGAAGAGACGCCAGUAAGUCUUGGAGAGUCCAGGAAUACAGACAGAAUUCUACGUGCUUUACUACUUAUUUUUCAUUAGUUAUCACGAGUUCCAUCGUAAUCCAUGACAUAUUCAUAGAUAUUUCAUUCGAUUAAACAUUAUUAACUACGCGAUGUUGACCUUGUGUUUAUUAACGAUUAUUGCUAUAUUGAAAACGAUCAACGGUGUUGCAACAAUCCCUUUAAAUAACGAAAAUCUUGCGAACACAGUGAAAUUAUUGCAAGAACAAGUUAACGCACUUCUUUAUCAUCGUCAAGAGGAUUACAAUGCCUUAGAAGAGAGUUUGAAACAUGCCAUAGAGAAAAAUACGGAAUUGGUUGUACUAAGAAAGGAAGUCGACUUAUUGAGAAAAGAAGUAAAUGAGCUAAGAGGCGGAAGUGGCAACGAGGCGAAAAACGAGCGUUUGAGGGUGAGAUGGUUAGGUAGUGCAGUAACCGAGUUGCAGAGCGAAGUUGCCGAAGUUCUAAGAACAAGAAAUGCCAGUGAGGAAUUAGCAGAAAGAUCAAGGAUGCGAAGCGAGCUAUCCCUUUUGAAGGGUGACGUUGCCGAGGUAGGAAGAGGCAUUCGUAAUCUUGGUGGUCGCAUUGCCAAGUUCGAAGCUGCCUUGGGGACAAUUCGCAUCGACAUCACAGCUAUGAAGGAACGUGCCAGCAAGCUGUCCCGCACCUGCGCCGAUGUCGCCAGUCAGAUCAGUACUAUGCAGAUCGAAUUGAAAUCAUUGAAAUGCGACACACCGAACGAGCACAGAUCCCAUCGGUUUUCCGUUCAUCGACACGAGGACAAGUUACGCGAAGACAAUGAAAUCAAAAAUGAAGUGCUGCACGAAAAUAGGAAAAGGCAUAGCUAUUCGAGACCUUUGAUACAUCGUAUAGAGGAACGUCUCACAAAUCUAGAACAUAAAAUUUCUUUAGUAUCGAGGAAACGUGGUAUGAUAGAGAAGAGAGUGGUAUAUGAAAAUCAGGAUUACUUGAAUAGUCGUGUAGCUAAUUUGGAGACCGCUCAGGAACAAUUAUCUCUACUUUUGAAAAAUAUGAGUAAAGAAUUGUCCUCGACCAGUAAGCUUAGCGAAACGAUGGUUGAAUUGUUUGAAACUGUACAGACAUUGGAGGAUAAGGUCGAUGGUAAUGGAUCAGAUACUAAAAGAGAAAUCGCAAGAUUGGAUAUUAACGCCGCGAGAAAAGCAGCUGAAUUGUCGUUGACUAGAGAAGAAUUAUCGAAUCUUCGAAGAGCUGUUCAGGCGCUCAGUGUGAGUGCCUCUAAGCUCCAAGAAAGAAGCGAUAGACAUCAAAUGUCUAUCGAUUCACUCAACGAUACCCUUAAUCAUCUUGACUUAUCGUCGUCUAUAGAAAAAGCAAGCAACAUAACUCACGAGCUUGAGCAGGUGGAAGAUCAGUAUCGCUUGAUCGUCGAUGCCUUACCAGGUAAUUGCGACGAAAGAGAUGGCCUUACUCUCCUUGCACCUGGUCCAGGUGCACCGUUACUAGCCUCGUGUCAUAAGGGAUGGAUCGUUAUCUCAAGACGCAUCGACGGUAUGAUCGAAUUCGAUCGUACCUGGAACGAUUAUGCAGCGGGUUUUGGUUCACCGGUUAAUGAAUUUUGGAUAGGCAAUGAAGCUCUUCAUAGACUUACCCGAGACAAUUGCAGCAGGUUGAAAAUCGAUCUGAUGGAUAUAUAUGGUACACAUUGGCACGCAGAAUAUGAAUACUUCAAUGUUGAUACCGAAGAAUCCGGUUAUAAGCUCCGUGUUUCCGGUUAUUCUGGAAAUGCAACCGACGCAUUAUCCUAUCAGAACAAUAUGGCCUUCAGUGCUAAGGACAGAGACAUGGAUAUUAGUUCCACCGAUUGCGCGGCUAAUUAUCACGGUGGCUGGUGGUUCAGCCAUUGUCAGCAUGCUAAUUUAAAUGGUAAAUACUCGCUAGGGCUUACUUGGUUUAAAUCUAACACGAACGAAUGGAUGGCUAUCGCUUCCUCAGAAAUGGCGAUACAAAGAAAACAGAACUGCCGAUAAUUUUCUUGGGUUCAUUUUCUACCUUUAAUCGAUUUUGCUAUUAAGGGCCAACUAAUUAUGAUAUUAGCAGCCUUUCUUUUAUUUGGUUCUUUUUUUUCGCAAAAUUGAAUGUCAGAAUUCAAUAGGUGACAACGUUAAUAUUAUUUUCACGUGCUUGCAAAAACUUGAAAUAUUUAUUUAUUUUAUGUAAUUUGCAAGACAUUCAAUUCUUCGCUAUUCUAAUACCAAAGAAUUGUAUUAAGUCCAUUGUAAAUAAAUUUAUUGUAUAGCUGAAUGCAUGCGAUGCCAGACGAUAUAAUCGAACUUAAUACAAAGUUACAAACAGGAUCAGAGUGAAAGUAAAUAUAUAUAUAUGUAAUAUAUAUAAAUGUAUAUAUAUAUAAGUAUUUUUAAUUUAAAUAAAUUGAAUACAUUUUA